AUGGUAACCGUACACAAACUACUUGGGCGGCCCGGCCGCCUCCCUGCAGAGCCAGGCAACAGCCUCAGCCGCGAAGGAGAGCAGGCGGGGCUCAGCAGGGUGGGGCUGGGCGGGGACGGACUGACAGGUCCCCCGGCGCCGCUCGGUCACUGGGCCUGCGCAGACAGCCCGGCGCAUGCGCAGAAACGCCGAGGCGUGGGCGGAGUGGGAGGGGCGAGGGCCGGAGGCUGGGAGAGAGAGCGUCAGAGCCUGGCAGCGCCACAGAAGGCUGUGGCCCUGGGACCUGAGGAUCUAGGAGAGAGAAACGUCUCGGCUCUCUUGGGUGAGGAUGGCAGUGAGCUGCCCUGA